GCUAGCAACAGUUGGCCUGACGCUGACGGUUUGCUAAUGUCCAUCAUCUGUACAGGAAAUUAUGGCUUCGUCGUAGGAAAAUAGGUGCAUGUCAUCUGUACUUUACCUUGGAUCUCAACGUUAAUAAACCCGACCAUGUAAACGCAUCGCUUGAUAUAUUUGUCCGUCAAAGGAUCGCUAACUGUCGUUACGAGGGACGGGAAGGUUAGCAAACGAUGAGGGGUUGUAGCACCGGCCGGGUUCCUGGGGCAUGUCCAGCAUUGCUCGCCAUCUUCCUUUUAAUUUUGAUUGUACAUGUGGUGAAACCGACUACUGAGUCUGACCCGUACAAAAUCCUGGGUGUCAGCAGGAGUGCCAGUCAGGCAGAAAUCAAACGGGCUUACAAGAGCCUUGCUAGAGAAUGGCACCCAGAUAAGAACAAGGACCCUAAAGCAGAAGACAUGUUCAUCAAGAUUUCUAAGUCAUAUGAGAUUCUGUCUAAUGAGGAACGAAGGUCCAACUUUGACCGCUAUGGUCAGAUGGAUGAAAACCAACCUUUUGGCCAGUCACAGCAUCAUGGUUUCCGCAGCUUCCACAACAGUUUCUACUUUGAUGAGUCUUUUUUUCAUUUCCCCAGGUCCAGGGACUUUGCUGACAGCAAGUACAUGCUUCACCAUGCUCAGUUUAACAGCGAUGUCCUCCCAGACAGCUACAAGAGGCCGUACCUUAUUAAAGUGACUUCAGAGUGGUGCUUUGCAUGCAUUCACAUUGAGCCUGUUUGGAAGGACACGGUGCUGGAGCUGGAACCUCUGGGUGUGGGCAUUGGCAUUGUGGAUCUGGGCUAUGAGCGUCGCCUGGCCAACCAGCUGGGAGCUCACCGCGCUCCCUCCAUCAUUGGGCUGGUGAAUGGCAGGUUGACCUUCUUCCAUCAGGCUGUAGUACGGGAGCUCCUGAGACAGUUUAUUGAAGAUCUGCUGCCUCAGAAACUGGUGGAGAGGAUAAAUGAUAACAAUUACAGGGCUUUUCUGGAUAGUUGGCAUCUGGAAAAUAAGCCCAGUCUUCUCUUGUUUGACCAAGUCCCUGUUGUGCCACUACUAUACAAGCUAACUGCAUUCGCCUUCAGGGACUAUAUUCGCUUUGGCUAUGUGGAUCAGGGUGAAACACACAGCACUCAGCUCGUGCGGCAGUUCAACAUUAAUACCUACGCUCCCACCAUGCUGCUUUUUAAGGAAAACACAGAGAAGCCUGUUGACGUCAUCCAGGCAAGAGGGAUGAAGAAACAGAUCAUGGAUGAGUUUGUCUCCAAUAACAAGUUCCUUCAGGUGCCACGGCUGGUCAGCCAGAAGCUAUUUGAUGAGCUAUGUCCUGUCAAGCAAUUCCACCGACGGAGGAAGUACUGUGUGCUGCUAAUCACAGGGGAGGAUGAAGAUUUUCUUCCAGGAAAUAAGGCCUUCUUGGACUUUGCCACUGUGAACAAAAAAGAAGUGCUGCGGUUUGCAUACGUAUACCAGCGUAAGCAGCAGCCUCUUUGUCAAGCGCUUCUACACAACCAGGCUGCAGUCUCACCUCAGGUGGUGAUUCUGGAGAGGCGGAGCCAAACUGGCCGGGUCUUUUACCGCUCUGUGAGCGGUGGCUGGAAUGGCAGUGAGGAGGACAAGUACCGCCUUCACGAACAGCUGGAGCUUCUUCAGAAAGAUCCUACUUACCUGAGCUCAGACACCACCUUGCCAGAACUCAACAACGAGAUGGCCCCUAUUUUUAUUAUUCAGUGGAUGAAUGCAGCUUAUGAUUACAUCCUCCAAAUAUAUGAUGACCUUCUCUACUCAAACUGGCGAGAGAUGAUGCCUAUUCUGUCCUUGAUCUUCUCAGCUCUCUUUAUUCUUUUCGGCACUGUUAUCAUUCAAGCUUUCAGUGAACCAAGUGAGAGUAAACCACAAAAUGCAAAGCCAAAGAAGCAACCCACAACAGAAGCUGAGGAAGAAGCAGCAAGCAGAGCAAAUACCUUCAGCCGUCCUCCAAAGAAGGACUUUGUGGAAGUGACUGAGCUAACAGACAUUACAUACACCAGUAACCUGGUCAAGCUGAGACCUGGUCACAUUAAUGUUGUCCUGGUGCUCACCAAUGCCUCCAAAAAUGUUUUGCUCAGGAAAUUUGCCAAGGAGGUUUUUUCUUUUUCUGGGACUCAGACCCUUCACUUCUCCUUCCUCAAUGCUGAUAAGCACUGUCUCUGGAUGCCCUCACUCCUUCGCUCAGCCAGUGCUGCUGGUCAGAGUGUGAGCCAUUUAGAUGAUGAGGAGUCUUCAGACUACACUGGCCACGUCCUGGCCCUCAAUGGCUACAAGAAGUAUUUUUGUCUCUUUAGACCCGUCUUCACAGGGGACGAUCCAAAUGAUGCCUCAUCUGAGAGCUCAUUUUCCUCUGACAGCAAGAGAAAGUCCCGCUCCAGGUCCAGGUCUAGCUCCCACUCCCGAUCCCGAUCCCAUUCCUGGGAAGAUGGUGCCAUACCCAAAAGAGGCUCGAGUAGGGCCACUAGCAUAGAAGUCCACCACAAGCUUGACAGGCUGGGGCUGUGGAUGGAGAGGCUAAUGGAGGGAACCCUGCCCAGAUUGCAGGUCCCUGCAUGGCCAACACUUGAUACCACCAACAGCUCCUCCACAAAGAGCUGAGGUCAGAGUAGGAGAAGUUGCACCCCACUGUUUUGCCUCCUGAUUAGAUCUUUAGCAGAGAAUCUGCAGAGCAAUGUUGUGCUUUUUCAAACAAUUAUUUAAGUUUUUUUUUUGUAAAUGUAGAUGAGCACUGAACUGUUGACACCUUUUGGGUGGUGCUGGUGAGCACCAGCGACUUGCAGAAGGAUGUUAGGAUUGCAAAAUGCAAGUUUUAUUUUGCUUAAUAACAUCCAGUCAGUGCGCAUCCUGCCAAGGUGCUAACUGUAGCUAGCUC